GCUAAGUGUUAAUUUAAGAAAUUUUAUUCUAUCGAAUAUCUAAUAUUGACUUUAUAAUCUUCUUCAUUAAAGUUUUACAAAUGAUAUUUUCCAAUUUUUAAUUAUAUAUAAUUAUACUAUACAGAAUUUAUGGAUAGAAAAUAUUAGGAUAAAAUAUACUUUUGACAUUUAAGAGAAAAUACUAUAAUAUGAAAGGAGAUAACAAUAGUUUAUGAAGAAUGAUUCACAUCUUAUCGGAUAUCGACGUAUAUAAAUUUAUGACAAAGCUAUAUUUUUUUUUUAUGUAAUGGUUGACAUAAUAUUAUAAAACAGCUGUUGUCAAGCAGAAACUACUGAUAAAUUUAUUGAAUUAUUGAAUCUAAAAUGCCAAGCUCGUAUUUAUAUGCCAUUAACAAUGAAGGGCGUGUAUUUGGACUGUCGACGUCUGGGAACAUGUGGCGUGAAUUUAUGUAUCUGGGGCUUGAAUUCAAGCAGUUGUCAGCUGUACCGCACUUUAUGUGGGCUAUUGGUGGUGAUCGGCAAGUGUAUGUUCAUGUGCACGGCUUAGAUGUACCAAUCAGGAUUAAAGAAGAAACUUAUGAAAAUGAGCGAUGGCUGCCUUUGGAAGGAUUCUCUGGAAGAUUGCUUCCAACUGAUAGAUACAAUUUUUCUAAUCAAGAUGGUACAGUUGAUCGUAGCAGGGAUAAAGUGAAAUUACCCUCGAUGGCAUGGCAAUGGGAAGGUGAUUGGCAAAUAGAAACAACAUUAGAUGGCCAACCGUUGGAUCAUGAUGGAUGGACAUAUGCAAUUGAUUUUCCAGCCACAUACACUACGAAAAAACAGUGGAAAUCGUGUGUGAGGAGGCGCAAGUGGGUUCGUUAUCGGAGAUACAGCGCUAUGAAUUCGUGGUGUGCUAUCGCACCUCUGCACAAAGAUCCAACUAAGGAGCCUUUUAUCGAUGUAGCCGUGGGUGGAAAUCAGAUGCCUGGAAGUAGCUCUGGAAAUUUAGUGGUCUGGGCAGUAACUGCUCACGGCAGGGUGAUGUUUCGCGUCGGAACGAGUACAACUUGUCCGGAAGGACAAAGAUGGAGUUCUAUCAAGCUGGCGAACGGUCAUGAAGUGUCUCAAAUUAGCGUUGGAGUGACUGGUCUUGUUUGGGCUGCACUUCAGUCGGGCAAAGCAUUGGUUCGCACGGGUGUAACGAGAGACAAUCCAAUGGGUGACGAUUGGUCGGAAGUGGACCCACCGCAAAAAGACUUGAGAUUGGUGCAAGUCAGCGUAGGCACUGACGCCGUGUGGGCUGUAACGCACGAUGCUGGAGUGUGGUUUCGAAAGGGCGUGCAAGGCGAAAUCAGCGGCGUUUGUGAGCAACUGGCCACCGGAACCGGUUGGGUUGAGAUGCUGAGCAAAAUGGCACUAGUGUCUGUUGCUCCAAACGAUCAAGUUUGGGCUAUUGGCUACGAUGAUCGGUGUCUGUACUAUCGCACGGGCAUCACGCGUUCCGAAUUGACGGGAAAACGAUGGAAAUUGAUAAACGCACCGCUUCAACUGAGUAGAGCGAGCAGCAACGCUAGUUUAUCGUCCAGCAACAGGCACAGCACUUGUGGCACGCCGCAACAGCAACGGCAUCAGAGCUGGAGUUCUUUGAGUCGCCCUCAUAGCACUAGCGAAGGAACAGCGUUAAUUAGAGAAUGGGAGGAGCAAUCACGUUCGGCGCCAACGCCCACUUCUUUAAAAUUGUGGCAACGUACCGGUGACGGUAUAUCUGCAAAAAAUAUGCAACAAACAUCUUUUCAAGAUAUAUAUUUAAAUGAAGAAAGAAAGAGAUCUGCAAAUUCCGUAGACAUAAAUGAUUUGAAUGAAGCGAGUGUCGCUAGUAUAACUAUAUCUAACGAAUCUUUAACGAAAAGUGGAGAAUCCAUCGUCGUCUUGGGAAAAGGAAUGGGCAGUACUGUUAAGAUUAAUCCUGCUGCUUGGAGUCCGGUUCACUCUGUCGGAUCUAUGGUAGGCGUCGAAGCACAUCCGGAAAGCGACGGAAGUGUAUUUGAUCCGGAUUUAACUGGAGAUUCCGGAGUGUACGGCGAAGACGAAAGCGCCGAGAUAAUAUAUUGGGCCGAGUGUGAUGUGUUAUGGUACAAAGUGGAGGCUGGAGCGUGCUUUGUUGAUCCAACAAAUCCGCCAAAAUGGAUUUUAGAUGGCAAUGGUAUAGUACAAGGAGAGACCGGAGAAUCGUGGAGAGUGUACAUUUUAGACGAAUUAAAAUCAAGAUUAAAGAAGAUGCCAUUUGAUUCUUCAACAGAAUACGAAAAAGCAGUUGAAAAAUCAUCUUGGGUGAAGACUGGCGACGCUAAAUGUAAAAUUAAGAACGGUAAUUUAUAUGAGGAUUGCAAAAUUGAACUGGAAUGGAUAAGCAGCGAUACUGGAUCGUUAGAUUCUGGAACUUUAAUUAUUUUGAAUUCCGACGGCGUAACAAGCAUAAUACAAUUUCCAAUCUCGGAAAUCACGUGUGUCGUUUGCUGCAGUGAGCCAGGCAAUCCAAGGAUAGCGAUUCACACCCCUAAAUUACGUCGUACAAAAGUAAUUAGAUUACAGUUUGCGAGCGAUACGGAAAUGGAAGAUUGGUUAGCGCAUUUAACUUCAGUAUCUUGCCAGAUGAAUAAUGUAUAUGGUAGGCCUGGUCCAAAUUCCAUUUGGACUACAACCGCAUUAGGCGACGUAUAUGUAUUCGAUCCUGUAAUCGCCGAGGAAUGUCAAUUGUCCGAGAACGGCUACGUUCAAGAAAUGGAUGUUGCUGGCAAAGCUGUGCCAUUCGAAAGCAUUUUACAAAACGGCUUCGGCUGUGGUAGCACUCUAAAAAUUAGCGUAUGCAUCCAUGACGAUGCUGACAGGUUGGCUUUCAAUCUUGUCUGUUACACCACGACAUUCGUGAAGCAGAAGACUGUGACCGAGAGUCACGACGUAGCUUUGCACUUUAAUCCAAGACUAAAGGAGAAUAUUAUCGUGCGGAACACAUAUCAUAACGGCCAGUGGGGAGAUGAGGAAAGAAAUGGCGGUAGCCCGUUGAAGGCAGGCUGUGACUUCACGUUAUAUAUCGUUUGCGAGGAACGCGGUUAUAAAAUUUAUAUUAACGAUAACGAAUAUACUUUUUAUAGUCAUCGAAUACCUCCGCAAAGUAUUACACAUUUGCGUAUCAAGGGAUUGUUGACUUUAUGCAGCAUUGCGUAUAAAUCUACGUCUGUAAUUAUUGAGCCUAGCACGAUGUUUUGGAGACAAAUCGGCGGACAUCUGAAGAAACUUGAGACAUGUUCCGUGGGAGUUACUUGGGGCAUUGGCUACGAUAGCACCGCUUGGGUAUACACAGGUGGUUGGGGAAGCGCCUUUCUCAAAGGCCUGGAAACUAGUAAUACCGGAAUAAAUACAAUGGUGGACACUCACAAUUAUUACGUUUACGAGAAUCAACGUUGGAAUCCGGUGACUGGAUAUACCGCGCAUGGUCUUCCAACAGAUCGUUAUAUGUGGAGCGAUGCAACUGGGCGGCGGAAACGCACACGAGAGCAUACAAAGUUGUUGUCGAUGCAUUGGCACUGGGUAUCGGACUGGAUCGUUGACUUCCACACACCUGGCGGCGUCGACAGAGAUGGAUGGCAGUACGCUAUGGACUUCCCGUUGCAAUUUCACGGCAAGAAACAGUUCACCGAUUACGUACGAAGAAGACGGUGGUUUAGAAGGUGUCAACUAACAACUAGCGGACCUUGGCAAGAGCUGGGAAAUACCAAACUCAUUGAUGUCUCUUUAUACGUGAGCGGAAAACCUGGCACAGAUGCUCCCAUUCAUGUCUGGGCAGUCGCUGCAAAUGGUGAAGCGUUAUUCAGACGAGGCGUUUCGGAAUCUUGUCCAAUGGGAGUGUCAUGGGAGCACAUACCAAGUGAUCAGCCUUUAAUUGGUAUAUCGUGCGGCCCGUACGGACAAGUCUGGGCCGUUGGAAAGAAUGGUUCUUCCUGCUGGAGACUAGGAAUCAGCGCUACAAAACCAACUGGUGUACAAUGGCAGAACGUCGAGCCGCCAUCAGGAGCUCACUUGAAGCAGAUUUCUGUGGGACACGAUGUAGUGUGGGCUUUGGAUACAUUAGGUAGACUGUCGGUGCGCCGAGAGAUACAAUCGAAUGUUUUCCCCGAAGGAACGCACUGGCAAACGUUACCCGCCAUGCCGAACGAUCCUAUUCAUAUAGACGUGUCGGUGGCAAAUACUAAGCAAGGAUUCCGAUACGUUUCCGUUUCGAGGGAGCAGGGACAGGUCUGGGCGACUUCAGGUGCCGGCAUUAUCUGUCGAAGAAUUGGUAUCACUGGUGAAAAUACAGCUGGAACCGGAUGGGUGACCGGCAUAGGGGCAAACUGGCAAAACAUAAGUCUUGGUGGGCUUGUAAAUAAGACAAAAUGAUCUCUACUACAAUAACUUUAGAUUCCGUUACGAUAAUAUAAAGUAAUUAACAAUUUUUGUGAUCUUGUAAAAUAUAAUAUUCUGUACACAGACAUACUCACACACACGAACAUAAACGCGUCUAUGCGGUUUAUACUGCAUAUCACUAAUCUUUGAUCAAUGGCAGAACAAAAACAUUACUUAAAACAUUAAAAAGUUCUGAGUAUUAAUUGAAGGAGUUGAGAUAAAGUUAAGUAAUUUCUACGAUAGUCAAGUCACUUAUAUAGUAUUUAAAUUAUCACUUUUUAAAUUUUUAUUUGCGUCAAGAUAUAAUUGAAUCCUAUUUUUAACUCGUUAGUCACGAUAAUUUAUUCUUAACUUAAGAAUGUAGGGGAUUGCAAAUAGUGAGACUUGACUUCUGCUUACACAAUAUAACGUAUAUAUCAUUAUACAAAUAUUUUGUUAUUUUUCUAGUUCCUCCAGAACGCGAAAAAUAGCAAUCAAAUAAAUAUAACAACAUCUACGACUAGUAUUAUAAAUAGCACAAACAAUGCUUAUAUAUAUAUAUAUAUAUAUAUGUAUGCAUACAAGUGCAGUGAAAUUAAAAUACUAUUUUGUGAUAUAGACAUUCCAGCGACAACAAAUCGAGAUAUAAUGUUUUUAAAUUAUUUUCACUCAUUUUUAAGACCUAAAAAGUUUGUAUAAGUAUUAUAAUCAAUGUGCUCGAUGUCGUCGCGUAAAGACACUUCACACUGGUGAUGUCUUUUCAUGACAAAUCAUAAAUCUUGUUUUAUACACUGUAUAGCUAAUGUUUAAUACGUUGCAAAUAUGACAAUUGAAUUAUAACACAUUACUAUAAAAUAAGACUGUACUUAAGACAGCCAGUACCUAAUCAUUUAUAUUGCCAAUGUAUUAGAAACAUAAUUGUUCUCUAUCAAAGUAUUUUGUUUUCUAUUAUUUCGAUAUAAGCACAAAUUAUUAUUUUAUAAAUAAAUAUCACAAUAAAACAU